AGGCAACGAACCCGUGCGAUAUCGCACGGGAACUCAUUUUAUAAAAAUAUAUUUUAUAAAAUAAUUUUUAUAACAAUUGGUUUCGAAAAAGUACUUAUAUUAUAAACUUAGAUUGUAUGCAACUAUAUUUGUAAAUCAUUGUGUCAUAUGAUAUGUAUUGUGCCAAGAUGAACAACUAACUGUUUUUAAAUAUACUAAUUAUUUAAGAAGUUAUUAAAUAUUUUCUCUUUAUAUAACAUGAAUCCUCUUAUUAUAAGAUCUAAUGAUAGGGAGCUAAGAGUCCUAUAGCAUUUUACAAGUUCAAAUAAAAAUUUACAAUUAUAUAGUUCCAACCAAUUUUUGAAUAAAUUUCAAUUAUUUUUUCAUGACAUCAAAAUAAUUUUACUAAUAAAAAGGAAAUAUUAGUAGUAGUCAGUAUUCUUUUUGAAAAAUUUAUAUUUCUAUGUUUGCCAAAAAUAACUAUUAUUCUUAUAUAUUUUUACAUGCUUUGUUUCUUUUGAAAGAAUAUCAAAUAGAUUGGAUAGCAUAACAAAUGUGUGUCGACUCAUGUUAGCAUCAAGAAUAUUGCUUUGAAUCUUCAGAAGAGUUCUUAUACAACAUGCACUGACAAUUUUUAUAAUAGAAAACAAAAAUUAUAUAAAAGCUAACUACUGUAUGUUGAUAAAUUAUAGAUUUACAUUUUUAAAAAUUAUUGAUUGCAUUUAUUGGAUUUUCAAAUAGAAGACAUCUCAAUUAUUUAUAGUUGGUAUUGAUAAUAAGUUACAUUUUAUUAGCUUUGACAUAAUACUCUCUCUUCUUAAGGUUGCUAUGUAACUUCUAACAAAAAUUUGACUAUAAAUCUUAACCUUCUCCACUAGCUAAAAAUAAAAAUGGUACAUUUUGUAUGGUUUACAAAGAAUUACGAGUAAUAGAUCUUUACAAAAUUUUCAAUUGUUUCUACUAAAUAAUCCAAUCAAAGGUCAGUCACUAAAAUUUUAAAGUCGCAUGCGAUAUUGCGAUAUACAGCAUUAGUUGAGAAGAAUGCUUUCCAAGCAGAAAAAGACCUGCAAAAAGUCAUGUCCAUAUACAAAGUAUCUCAAGUAGCUGAAGAUUCAUCAUCGGAGACACCACACCCACCACCGUCUACUUCUUCUUACUCCUCCUACAAUCUGUUUUCUCGACGUUUCUUCAGCCUCCACGGCCGUGACCUCUUCGCAGCCUCAGCCAAUUGGUUCCUAGUGGACGUCGUCUUCUAUACAAGCAACCUCCUCCUCUCUCAAAUCGUCAACUUAUCCGACAAACCUGCCAAUAUGACAAAUGUCUAUGACUCUGCCUUCGAAGCAGGCCAAGCAGCUAAGGUCGCAGCCACUGGUUCACCGUUUAUUUCAUCGAUAGAGUCGGUCGAGUCAAGAUUCAGAUGUUCCUCAUGGACGCUUUUUACUUAGCCGCUGGCAUUCCGUACAGUGGGUUUAGGUCUGAGAAUAAUAAGACUAAUAAUAAAGGCUUUAUGAUUCUUUUCGGGUUUUAAAAUCAUUCUCUUGGUUUUAAUUGCAACUCCUCUCUCAAAAGUCUCAUUCUCAAACAACGCAUAUCUUCUAGAAUAGCAAAUGAUGUACUUUUCAUGAUCUUAUAUAUUGAACUUUUUUAUAGCAGAAACUUUUUUUUAAUAUACUUGGUUUCUUUAUCCCUUCUCGUAUUAUUGUUUUCAUGGUCUCAUUUAUAUUCUUCGUCCAUCUCAUUUUCUAAUCUUUUAGUCUCUCUUCUAUAUCUUAAAAUCGUUAAAGUAUGUUUUUGGUAUCUUGUCUAAAUCUUAAUUAUUGAAGCUUAAUAUGGGAACUGUUAACUUAUAGUGAAGAUCGGUUACAUAAUGUGCACAUGUUUUAAGCUAAAUAACAGAAUUAUCAAAUCAUUUUUAAACCAAAAAAUAAAAUAAGUAAAUUAUAAUGCAUAUUGGCCGCCACGUUAAACAUCUCUCUUCUUCUCCCUUCGAAGUCACAACUUCACUAUUAAGUUGUUGAUAAUUGGAAUCAAUACGGUGAUUUUUAUCACUGUUUUUUAUAAUGGCUUUUGAGAAGUAGACGCUGUGAAUCACGGAAAAGGUGUGAUACUUGAUGGGUUGCCACUUGCCCUGGGAUCCAACCCUUGGAACACUUUGGGGCACGACAGUUUGUUUUUAAGAUACAAUCAAGUGAUGAGUCACCACCUAUUUGACAGACAUGGAUGAAGGGGAAGAUGCUCCAUAACUUUUUUUUUCUUCUCCCUUGCGGCGAAGUCACCGCCCAAUGUUGACUUGUUGAUCAUUGAAACUAAUGCUGUUUCGUUGGUUAAUGGGUUUGACACCAAAACGUGGAACUGUAGUGUGCUACGUUUCUUAUUAUAAUUUUCGAUUGAAUAUCAAUUUUCAGAAAGUUUCUUAAUGAAAAAUAAGAAAACAGCAGGCGGCACGUAACUAUUGCAUUGUAAGAUCUUAGUGGUUCAUAUAAUUAUUUAAUACUCGUUCGAGUGUAUCAGUAUCAUUACGAUGCCAUAUUAAUGAGAUUACGAGCUCGUACGUUAAAGUGCCGAGACGACGAGACCGUCGGACGAUGUACGAUGUCUCGUACAAUCCCGAACGUUUCAAUAAAUAAAUUAUGAACCCUCGUAAUACGGUUGGUUCAUGGCUCAGAGGACCAGAGAAAGAAAGAAGAAGACAUUAUAGUGACAUGACUGAAAUUCGUGUAUGAAAAUUGGACAUGAAUCAUGUGUUUUUGAAAACACAACCUUUCAUCCAUUUUAUUUGAUUAGUGAAAAUUAUGCUUUGAGAAAGCAUGUAUAUAGCCUAUUUAUAGAUUUUCAAAAAAAAAUUGAAGUGUCACAUCUUUUCAAUUUAAAGGUUAUUUUUUUUGAAAUAAUACUUAUAUGAAGAGUCACAACUUUUCAAUAUAAAAGGACACGACUUUUAAUUGUUGAAAACACAUAACCUUUCAAUAUAAAUGAAAUUCACAAUCUUUGGAAUUAAUCAGGAUUGUUAUUAUUAGUAGAUUUCAAUUUACGUAUCCACGUGACCGAGCAUCCACGUAUCCCUCCUCAAUCGAAGCAAUAACUGAAGAAUACGGAUAGGAAGUGAGGAGAGAGAACCACCAUCCCAGAUCCAACCUCCGCCAUCGCCAACGGCUCACUCUAGAAACCAGAGAAGACAACUUCACUCUUGAUAAGUACACUCUUCUAUUUAUCAAAACUUAUACCGCUAGGUUUUGAAACUGCAGGAUCAAGUGAACAAAAGAACGAACAUGUAUAAAAACAAAUAUUUACGAACCUUUAGUUUGAGUUGUGUAGGAGAAAAUAAAACGUCUACUUAUCAAGUCCCCUUUUAUUUCUCCUGAAGUUAGAUCUUUUUUUUAGCAAUUCUUUUUCUAUUCAAGGAUUAUCCAGUUUAACCAAAAGGUUUAUAAAAACUUCCCCGGCCCACUGUAAAAAUUUAUAUAUAUAGAUCAUGAAAAGGUACAUCAAAUGAAACUCUUCCUAUAGAGUUGUGACAUGAGCAGUUAUAUGUUUCAAAGGAUGUGUUCUUUAGAUUACAUGACUGUUCAAUAAAGAGUUGUCAAGUAUAGAUUUUUUGAUGACAUUAUCAAAAGUAUUUUAUGUCCUUUCGAUAAAAAAAAACAGUAAAUUCUGACCAUUGGAUUUAAAUUUUAUUUUCCUAUAAAAAAAGAUGAUGUCAUUGUAGAACAAAAAUAGGUUUGCUAUUAUAUAUAGAUUAUUCAUUUAAUGGUCACCGAUUAGAACCAAACUAUAUUUCAUCAAAUAUUUUGUGAGUGAAAACUAUAUUCCAUCAAAUAUUUGGUAGUAUAGAUUUGGUUACAAUAUUGUAUUCAAGAGGGCAAUUUGAUUUUAGCUCAACAAAUUAUUUUCCAACAAAGAAAGAAGGUCAACAACAAACGCUACAAAAUCAACGGUACCAAACAAUUUUACCUCAAACCGAAAAGAUUUUGACUGUCCAAUUUUCUAAACAACUAAGUUAGCAAAAUAUUAUAGUACCUGAUUGGUUAAGUGGUGUAACUAGCAAACAUUAAAUUUUCAAACAUUUCACUAUAGUGUAAGCUAUAAUAAAUUCUAGACAUUUCAUGAACCAACCACUGGAAGACUAUAUCCACCAUUUAACAAUCAGAUCAAUGAGUCACAAAACGCUCUAUUCAGUCCAGAUAAACGUUUUAUCGUCGUCUUGAUCAAACCUGCACGUACUAGUUUUUUUUUUGAAACACAAACUUAAUUUCAUUAAAAACUUAGUCUUCUUCCAUACAAUAGAAAGAGGGAAUUAUCCAUCCUCUUUGUCCAUAAGCAUAAAAUGCAACACAUAAAUAAGCUAAACGAAAUAAGUCUUCAACCGAAGAUGAUAGGGAAUUCGAGACGGUGCUUGAAUGCGUUAGGAAAGCUUUCACGACAAAGUCAGACAGCUGAGAGAUAGUCACAAGUGACGUUGAGAGACAAUCUUCACCAACGAAAAAAAACCGAAGUAGUCUCGAUUGCACUUUCAGACCUCGUACAGACCGCUCCACAAGGUAACAAACCGGUGAGUAAACUGAAACUAAAGCUCGGAAAAUAAUCCAAGAAAUUUUCUCCAUUCAUAGAAAAAAAACAUGGUAGUGAAAUACUCUCCGCAACAGAGGAGGAGAUUAGAGUUGUGCUCGGACAACUUGACCGUAUUAGUUUCUGAUGGCUUAGAGCGCUGGACGCCGGAAUGGAUCCCACCUAAACUGCACGUACUAGUUAUUCUGCUGUUUUCCUUCUUAUUUUUUUUUUCUCCUAAACCGAGUUACAUAAUUCCAAACCAGAACUAUAUCGGAUUGAAACUGAUAUGUGCGUAUGUGCUUGCACUCUUCUUCUCAUGAUUGGAUCUGGUCAAUACCGUGUGAAUAUUUCACAUUGUUUGAACGUAAAAAAAAAAACGUUGAUCUGAAUUCAAGCCAAGUCGACCAAGUCCACCCAUUUAAAUCUUUAGACAAAUAGCAUGUAUAUAACUAUUUAUAAUUCUGUAUUGUUUUUAGUACAAGAUUUAACAUAGCUGGCAGCAAAAAACUUUUGAACAUUUACCAUAUGUAUCAGAAAACAACUUUGAACACGUAAAACAUAUUUUUUUAAUAUAGCUUUACGUCCGUAAUGAAAAUUUUUAAUAAGUAAACUUACGAAAUUAUGAAUAGGUAAAAGUCAAAAGUCAAUAAAACUUUACACGUUAUUUGUCUACAAGAAAACUUCAGCAUUAACAAACUAUAUAUACGUACGUAAUACGUAUAUUGGGAUAACCAUUGCUUAAGAUGGAGCCUUGGGUAAUAAUAAUCAUAGCUAUUGCUUCUUGUGUUGGUGUUUUGAUAUUUAUCGUGGCCUUAGCUGGGGGUCGUGAUGACAGAGGGGCCGGAGGAGGGGAGGAUCAUGGCGGAGGCGGAGAGGAUGAGGGAGGUCUAAGAGGUCGUGGUUAUUCUGGGGGUCAUGUAGGAUUUUGGAGUAGCGGUGGAGGUGGCAGCAGCUGGUUUGGUGGUGGUGGAGGUUUUGGCGGCGGUGAUGGAGGUUUUGGUGGCGGUGGUGGUGGUGGUGGUGGUGGCGGUGAUGGAGGUGGAGGUGGCGGUGGAGGAGGCGGAGGCGGAGGAGGUUGCUGAGCUUCGGUGUUUUAUAUCACUUUAGAAAGAAGUUAAUUGCUCUGAAAAUUCAUAGUGUUUAUUUUGCAAAUUAUUACUUUUGUGUAGCAUAUAAAAUUUGAAUGGAGUAUUGUAUAUUAGACUUGUUGAUUAUUGCUUAUGUAUAUUAUUUGUAAUUCUUGUGAAGUUGGACUGAUGUCCUAUUUUGCUACACCGCUCUAUAUAUAAUAUAUGUGACCAUUAGUAUUAUGUUUUCAUGAUUUUAUGUAACAUGUUAAUACUGUUAGCACUAUAUAUGAUGUAGUUGAUGAUACAUGUUUUAAAGCAGAACUAUAACAUCGAACACCGUAAAUUAUUGACUAUUUUGAACAGAUUAUAACAUCUAUGCAUAAACUCUAGCAUCCCCAAUUAAGGUAGUUAGAACAUUUACUAUCAACAGAGCCAGCCUUAGUUUUUACAUAAGUAUAUUGUUAUAGACUUAUACUAGUUGAUACUUGACAAGCUUUAAGCUAAUAAAGUUUUGGUUGUUUUGGACGUUUGAAACUGUAUGUGCUUAAUUAGUUUUGUUCUAAUUAAACAAGUUAAAGUUCUAGGUAGCCUUUUAAUAAGGGGUAUCCUGAUCUGUUACAGCAUUUUAUAUAAAGUCUACUACGUACUGUAUAUUCUUCCCGAUCGUGUUGUCGUUGUUGGACCCUAUAUAUAUAUCUUGACCAAACUUCCAUUUAAAGCAUAAUCAUGCUUGACAUGUUUGAUAAAGUAUUGUCUCUUCUCAGUUUAAACAGAUUUAAUUAAUUAGAAGAGAAGCCAAGUUAUCUUCUCUUUUUGUCUUAUGCAUUUUUUUGUAUUAGAAAUUUAGAAUCAAUUGUUGAAAAUAUAUCCCAAAAAAGUCAAGCUUAACUCGAAUAACAGUUUCAAACCAGUGGAACUAAUUUCACUAACUAUAAAUCAUUAGUACAUGAUGAAACAUCGCUAAUCAUGUAGGUACUAUAAGUAAUACGUCAUUUGUGUGUGUUUCUGACUCACCUAUCUUUGUAUAAACUAAAAUGCACAUUACACAGAAAAAAAACAAAACAAAACCCACAAAAGAAGAGAUCUGUUCCACCGAACUUUGGUCAGUCAACUUGUCGAAAGUCAACUAACAAACGGUGGCACACUCUGUCACAAAAGUAAACAUGACUAUACAUGUACAACUCUCAGUUUAAUAUUCAAACAAGUCUUUGUUAUAUUCCAACAUCAAACACCAAAACCAGUAAAAGAUGGCUCCAAGAACACCAAAACGCCGCACCGUUCAGCAUUUCACGCAUAUUCAUCCACUAACCGAGUUUAACAGCGCCGGUGACUUCAUCUGCGACGGCUGCAAAACCUACGGCUCAGGCAAAACCUAUCGAUGCGAACCAUGCAACUACGAUCUCCAUGAUUACUGCGCCACAUGUCCCCUCACCCUACCAACCUUCAUUCAUCCCCAGCAUGAGCUCAGCCUCGUCGUCCGUAAACAACAGUCCACGCGCCAGAACGAACGCGCAUGCGACAUCUGCAACGAGUCGGUGGAAGGGUUGUUCUAUAGAUGCAAGCUGUGUGAGUUUGACGUGCACCCUCUCUGCACGCAACUUCCUCAGCACGUAAGGCACGUGCUUCACCCUGCUCAUCACUUGGAGUUUCGUCUCGGAGGAGCUAGCCCGUGCAUGGUGUGUUACAACCCGUGUCAAUCUUGGAGGUAUAGGUGUGAGUUAUGUAGGUUUGAUAUUCAUAUGGAGUGUAUAUUAGCCGUGUGCAACACGUCACCUCCUGACAAUACCGAAGCAUCGGGUACUAAGAGUAAAGGGCUCAAGCCACAAGGAGGACAACCAUCAUGGUCCGCGCCAUGGCAACAACCGCAUAUGGGUUACCCUUAUGGGUUUGGACCGAUGGGUCAACAACCGCAUUUUGGUUACCCUCAUGCGUUUGGACAUAUGGGUCAACAACCUUAUCAUCCUCAUAAUUUUAAUAAUUUUGGUUUCAUGAACGGGUUCAAUAUGAAUCCGGGUCAAGUACCAGAGGCCGGAUCGGGUCAAAAACAAAGUCCUAGCAAGGGCUGGAAAAUGUUUACUAUUGCCUCCAAGCUAACAAUUGGUGUGGUUUCUAAUGCACUGUUUGGGGUUUCCCUUGAAGGUCUCCUUUUUUGAGUUUUGAAUUAUUUUCAAAGAAAACCGCAAGAAUGUAAUCUUUGUUUCCUUUCUAUUAAAUAAAAUUGCAAACCAAUGUCAAUCAUUCAACUUUGAUCCCGCAUUUUAUAAUCUUACUUGUUUGCUAAAUGGAAAGUUUUUGAUUGUGUACAAUUAUUUGAUAUCCCAUGUGUAAAUUAACUCAAAAGUCAUAUAUACACAAUGGAUGCCAAAUUGACCAUAAUAUGGUAACUAGUUAUUGUCAGUCAACUACCCAAAGUCAACAAAGCUGCUCUACCACGUUCUCAGGAUUUUUAAUGACCGAGUUAAAGUUAAUAUUGGAGAACUAGGAAACGAAAGUUUAUAAUUCUGUAACCCCAACUAAGCAGAAACUACUAUAACUAUUUGUUUGAGAAUCAAAAUCAUUUGAGAUUAUUGCUCUUGUUUGAUAUGGUCAAAACAAAAUUUAAUACCCAAGCAAGUAGUCAAGUUGCCGAACAAAGAUUGUGUGGGAAUGGCAGUAAUAUGCUUUGGGAAUGGCGUAAAAACUUGGACUCUUGCAUAACGUUGUACGUGAUGCACAAUAUACAUUUUUGAUUUUUCAUAGAAACUAAACUUAUUAGAAGUAUUCAUUUCAAUGAUUUUGUAUCUUUCGUUCUUUUUUUUUUAUCAGCUUGUAUCUUUUGUUCUAUAAAUUAAAUAGAAAAACCAUAUUUAAAAGAAACAGUUAUAUACUUGUUCCGUUCGUAAAAUAUAUAAGACGAUAUAAUCCCAAACAAUCCAUAUUAUUCUCUAUCGUUUAUGUUUGUCUUUGAUUCUUUCUUUGCUAAGUGUUUAUCAUCUUUAGUUAUACGCAACACAUUACAAUAACGUGCCUCUUAAGUUCGUAAUAAUGGAUUUGAAAUAGUAUGAGGAACCCACUUGAGAGAGUGUAUGAGUAAAAUGUUGUACCUCUCCAUAAGAAACAAGUUGUAGUACUAAUAAUAAACUGAUAUAUCUUAGAAAAAUCCCUGAAUGAUAUGGCACAUGAUCCACUGCUGGAGUCUCAUAUCUCAACGUCCCAAAGUUGUUCAAGACUCUUAUAGUUAUAAGGACUCGUCUCAUGAACAAACGACAUGCCUCUCACCAACCUUCCCUGCAGCAUUGGAAACACAACAUCUUUCAAUUUUAGAUAACCUUGAGACUUAGGAGCAAAAUAAAGAAAAAGAUUCUUUGACCUAUUUGGAAUGCAAUCUACUUGCAUGUUCAAUCACGGAAAACUUGGAUAACAUGUCAUGGGGAAUGGACCAAUCGAAAACGUUGAAGUUCUGUUUGAUCCUGUCUUCAUGUGUGCUCUUUGGAAGAACACUUUGGCCCAUUUGGAGACCCCCAACGUAAUGCAACUUGUGCAGGCGUCUUGCCUAGCUUCUCAACAACCAUGCCUAGAAUCGGGUUAUUCAGAACAUCACUCGUGAGCUAGGUUGUCCCUGGAGAACCCAACAGAGAGUAUCCCUACAAAUAAAGACAUCAACUAAUGUUUAAAAAAAUUUCUGACGUUGCCAGCUUUUAUGAAAAGGAUAUGGACAUGUUUGUUCUACAACAUACAGAGAGGUGAACGCCUUUAGAUUUGCAGAAAUCCAUGAGCACAGUUUGUUGCCAAGAAGGGUUACACUCCACCUGGUUAACAGCUGGAGGGAAACGAGCCAGCUCCAAGAGAUCUCCGAGUUUCUUUGUGGAGAAGUUGCUUACACCAAUAGCUCUGGCUUUUCCCGCAUCAAGAGUGCUUCCAUUGCUUUUCAUG